AUGAAACUCAUCUGCUGUUUACUCGCACUUGCCGUUGGCGCGCAAUUUGGAUUAGCCGCCGCGGACAUAUCGCUGAAGCUUCGUCAGCAACAACAACAACACCAGCAGCAGCAGCAGCAGCAGCAACAACGUGGACGCUACUUGCCGCCCGCUCCAGAGCGUGUGAUUGUCAAGGAGCAGUACUAUAAGUUGCAAGGACAGCAGCCGACACAACAGCAGCGAUCGCAGCAAGUAUUCGAGGAGGCCAGCUAUGGCAACUCGCGCUAUCAGAUCUUUGAGGUGCACAACCACUACGAGGCGGCGCCACAGCAGUUAAAGCGCAAGGCGCCACGGCAGCAGAGUCAGGCAGCCUACAGCGCAGCGGCCUACUUGCCACCCACCACUCAAGCCACACAGCCACUUACCUAUCAGUCGGCCGUGCAACCACAGCAGCAGUCCGUGAUCUCGACGGCAUCCACAGCAACUGCCACCGCCCAAAGCUAUCAGGCAGCUGGCUACUUGCCGCCUACAGCUUCGAGCGUUACGCAUUUGGAGCCCGUGCAGCAGCAACAGGUGGUGCCACUGCCCAAGCCAACAUACCAAGCACCCAUAAGUUCCAUCAGCAACAACUAUGCGCAACCACUGAGCAAGCCCGUCUAUCGUGGUCCUAGCUAUUUGCCACCAACCACCAACGCUCAAGCGCCGCCAACUGUGCAAACCACAAUCGAGCAGACGCACUCCCAGAGCCAAGCCGAUUACAGAGCACCUGGAUAUUUGCCACCUGGCUAUGACUUUAGCAAUCCAGAGGUGAAGGCGCUUCAUGCUCCUGGCUACUUGCCACCCGGCUACGAUUUUGCCAAUCCCGAACAAGCGCCACAGCCUGUGCCUACACCACUGCAACCACAACCACAACCACAACCACUGCAGCAGCUACAGCCACAAUUGCAAGUGCAGACUGAUGCUGUGCAGCCAGCCAGCAACGAUUAUCAAGCGCCUGGCUACCUGCCGCCAGGCUAUGAGUUCAACAAUCCUGAGCUGCGACAGGCUCAACCACAGCUACAGCCACAGCCACAACCGCAACCACAGGCCAUUGUGCAAACACAACCCACCAUUGUGCAGACACAGCCCAUUGUGCAACCACAGCAACAGGCCGUCAGUUAUCAGCAACAGCAGCAGCAGCAGCAACAACAAAUCGAAUACCAUCAGCAGCAGCAACACCAGCAACAACAACAAGCGGUGGUGGUGGCGCCCACGCAGCCCACACUUCGUCAUCCUGGCGCUCUGCCAGAUGGUUACGAUUUCAUCAAACCGGAAAAUUCCGAGGCAGCCAUUGCUGAGCUCCACAGUCUGCAGACGCAGACGCAGUUGCUGAAGAAGCAGCACCAACAGGCGGUUCUCUUGCAGCAACAACAACAACAACAGGGGCAGCAACAGCAACAAAUUACUCAGCUCGGACCACAGCAAGUGGUGGUGCAGUCGCAGAUUAAUGUGGCGACACAUGGACAAGGCGCUGAUAUUAUUUAUGGUCGUCCCAAGGCAGCGCAACAACCACUUGCACCACUGGCACCACAGACAACAAUUGUCACCGCCACCGCAACAGCAGCCACAACUGCAACAAGCUAUCAAGCUCAGCAGCAGCAAUACAAUGCACCUGGCUAUUUGCCACCAGUGGCUCCGGUAGCUGCACCACCCGCACCAGUGGCUGUGCCUGUGCCUGCACCGGCACCACCACCCACCCAAGUCACCCACAUCCACCCACUAAGCAGCUACAUGAACACAGUGCAGCCAUUUACGCGUUACGCGCAGCCAGCACAGCAACAACAGCUGCACCACCACCAGCACCAGCACCACCACCACAACCAACAGGUGCACCAGCAACAGGUGGUUCAGCAGCAUCAUGUAGAGGUGGCGCCCAUGUAUCGAGAACAGUCCAAGCGACCACGUUUCUAUGCGCCAGCCAUGUCUUAUGUCAGCAAUGCGGUGCCACAAGCCUAUCAGCACCACCAGCACCAGCACCACCACCAGCAGCACCACCAUCAGCAGCAGCAACAACAACAACAACAGCAACACACCACCGGCCCAGUGCUGAGCAUUGCCGCCCAACAAUCGUUGCAAAAGUUCAUGCCCAAGGAGGUUCAAAUGGCGGUUAAUGUGGCUGUCGCUGCUGCCACGCCCACGCCCACCCACGCCCACGCCCACGGCGCCACCACACGCGUGCGCACCGUUCAAAUCCUCAAGUCGAACGGUGUGCGCACCUUUAAGGUGCUCGAGAGUCUCGAUCAGGCCGGGGUCAAGACCAUCAAGAUCUUGGGCGCAACCAAUGAGCAGCCGAUCGGUCACCAUCAGGUGGUUAAGGUGGUUACACAGAACGCGCACAGCGGUGUCGAGAAUCAUGUGCAGACGGUCAAGAUUUUUGAUGAUCAGAAGGAGUUUGUGGUGCCGCCAACACCAACAAUAACAACCACACAGACGAGCAGUAACAGCCAUAACGGUUAUUUGCCACCACGCCGACCCAGAGCCAGCACCACCUUGAAGCUACAACGUUACUGA